AUGGCGGCGGCGGACGCGGGACGGGGGGAAUCUGCAGCUGGCCGAAGGGAGUCCGCACCUGCUCCUGCUCCAGAUUCAAAUAUACAUGAACAUCGGAGAACAAAAAAGCUUUUCUUUGGCUUCUUCGAACAUCAAAGUGGAGAGAGAAAAUGA